AUGGCGGCUGCGCGGCGCCCGUCGAGCCUGUGGGAACGCGUGUGCGCAGAGUAUGAAGCAGAACAACCUACACUUCCAGAUGAUUUAUAUGAAUCAGAGGAAGAAUCUUUGUUAGGUAUGGAACAACUCUACACGACCUCUGCAGCUAAUGCUGUUGGCCAGCAGUCGCUUUCCAAAUGCAAGGCGACAACCUCUUCAGAGCCACCUGAUCCAAAAACAUGUUCUCCUCAAGAAUACUUAGAGUAUUACAUAUUUCCAAUACUUCUACCUGGAAUGGCUGAACUUCUUCAUCAGGCAAAGAAGGAGAAGUGUUUUGAGAGAAAAAGAACCAAAUUUAUUGCCUGUGAUUUCCUAACUGAGUGGCUAUACAACAAGAACCCGAAGAGGAAGGAUGAGUCAUUCACAGCAUUCUCUUCCAUUCCUUUUGUUAGCGACUGGCUAAAGGAGCAUCCUAGGCCACCACUUCCCCUGUCUCUCCUUCUAUCUAGAAAAGAAGCGAGCAGAAUAAUUCAGUCAUUCUGGAGAGGUUAUCUGGUCCGCCGUAAUCCUGAGGUAAAACUCCUCCGUCAGUGGCAGAAACAAUUGAGAGAGGAGAAAAAUGUUAUUCAAAAUUUGAAAGAAUUCUGGAUUAAGCAGGAAGCCAAAGUGGGAAGCAAAUUAGAAGAUUCAGAAGAACCUACACCAAAUCACCCGAGAUCUCCUUUAGUUCUCUCACCAACACCACAAAACACAGAGAUCAAGGACUGAACUCUGUGUGGAACUAGUUUAGAAACACUCCUAGCAUUACAGUUUUAUUUUGACAUGUGAGGUGUUGUAAAUCGAAGUGAGAUUACAUAAGUACUCGGCCUGCCAGAACAAAUUCUGUCCUAUGUGAGGACAAUUCUGUUAAAACAGACAGGAUUGUCUGCACUGGGCCAAAAUUUUCAUGUCCAUGUUCAGCUGAAGUUCUGAGUACUUAGAGCUAAGGUUCUGAUGGAGACAAAACUCCAGAGGAGCUAAAUGGGGUUAUAUCGAGGCGCAGGCUGAGUGUUAAAUCCAAGGCAAAAAUCUUGAAUUGGUAAAAACGGGAGACUUCACCCACUUUUGCAGAGCUGUGACAUUUUGCACCACUCUGUUCCUAAGGGUUUAGUUGUCAAAAGCGCUGGGCCUUUGCAGAGACCACAGAAGGCAAUGAGAGUGCUGGGGGCUCAGCCUUUCUGCAGGGCAAGAAAGUUCAGAGGGCCUUUUGUUGUCAAUCCAUGUGCCAAGAAAGUGUAAAAUUAAGAUCCCAGAAUAGUAAUUUUCACAAUCUUGCAUAGUAGUACUUACUUAUGAAAGGUGCAAGCAAAUUAAAAAUGCAGUUAGCCCUCUGAUGCAGAAUCCUUUCUUGUUCUCCAAUUUAUUCCUGUGAGGCACAGUCCUAUUUAGGUGUUUCGAAUUUUCCAGUUAGAGAGGGAUAGAAUGAAUAGUAGAAGUGCAAGUAAAGCCAACCAAAGUCUAUUUGGUUUGAAUAAACCAUGGUAAAACAUGGAUACCCUCUAACUCUGCUGUCUUUCAGUAUGCAUUUUUUUCAUGACUUAAGCUUUGUCUUCGUUGUUAUAUCAGUACCUACCCCGUGGUUGUGUAGUAUUUUAUAGUGCUAGUUUUUCAUCCAGACCAAGAACACUAAACAAUACAAAAGCACAGAUACAUAGGUGUCAGAAAACAUGAGGAUGGGUCUGUGCCCUUCCUUUCACCAGCACCAGCUCCUGUCUGCUCACAUACUCAGUCAGUUCAGGAAACUGCUGAGACAACUGAAAAAAAAAUAUCAUUAUUACUAUAGUGUUGGUUGCUUAGCUCCUUGCUGUGCUCACCGGGGCUCCACUAAGUGCCAGAGCUGGUAGCAAGAAGUGUGGAGACAGGGCCAGUGGUGGAGAGGCAGCCCCAGCCUAUAGUUAGGCUUGGCUUAGCUGCCACUCACGGGGGCACCAGGCUCUAGUGCGGUCUCUACCAUCAAUAGCUUAUGGGGAGUGCAAAGAUUGUGGAUCCAUUUUAACACCAACUUAACACAAACUUUGUAAGUAAAUAGUAAAGCCUUUAUUCUCGUUAAGAACAGCAUUUUGAAAAUAAAACAUUUGCCCAUGCUUUACAACUUUGUAGUUUUGUAUACU